CUUCUCAUAAUUUAACGCCUUUUUCUGCUCUUUAAGUUAGUAUCACGUUUGAUCAUUCAUGAUGUGGCUCCCAAGGUCCAAUCAUUCUUUUUUCUCUUUAUUCGUGCAUUAAAAUCUUUUAGCUUCCUUCUUCCUUACAUGUUGUCCCCUCGAAAAGCCCAGAAUGCUAUGGGGUCAAAGAUGGUAACAAUUUGCUUUGUUUUUAAGUUGAAGGCCUGUUUCCAAACUUUAAGGUCACAUCUACACCACCCAUUCCAUAGCCAUUUUUCUCUCUCUAUAUAAAGUAGACGAACCCUUUCUCUUCCAACAAUCAAAACAAAAGCUUUUCUCAGCUUUUUGUCUAAUCCAUUAUUCUCCCCUUUUGCUUCUCUUGAUUGUUAUCUUCAUGGCUGCAGUCAAGGUUUUGGCAUAUGUCUUCGUCUUUAUUGCCCUGUUCGGCGUGGUUGCAUCUGAUCCUGACCUUCUCCAGGAUCUCUGCGUAGCUAACAAAGCAGCAGGAAUAAAGGUGAAUGGAUUUCCAUGCAAGGACGAAGCAAAUGUAACCGAAGCUGAUUUUUUCUUUAGCGGUCUAGCCAAUCCAGCAGUAAUCAAUAAUUCUGUCGGAUCAGUUGUAACAUUAGCCAAUGUUGACAAAAUUCCAGGGCUUAACACCCUUGGCGUGUCACUUGCCCGCAUCGACUAUGAAGCUGGUGGCCUCAACCCACCCCACACUCACCCACGUGCCACUGAAAUCAUCUUUGUUCUUGAUGGUGAAUUGGAUGCAGGAUUCAUCACUACAGCAAACAAGUUGAUCUCCAAAUCCCUCAAGAAAGGCGACAUUUUUGUCUUCCCCAAGGGUCUCGUUCAUUUCCAGAAGAACAAUGGUGACAAGUCAGCUUCCGUGAUCGCAGGAUUCAACAGCCAACUGCCCGGAACUCAAUCUAUCGCCGCCACAUUGUUUACCUCGACACCCCCGGUGCCAGACAAUGUCUUGACCAAGGCCUUCCAAAUUGGCACCAAGGAAGUCAACAAAAUCAAAACCAAGCUUGCCCCCAAGAAAAGUUAAGAAGAGCCCCUCGAGUUUGAGGAGAAAAUCCAGCAAAUCCUGGCUCUCCAAACCUAAUUGAGAGUACUAUUUUGUAUUAAUUCUAUAUUCAUUUUUCAAACUUGAAAGAAAAUCUAUGGGUUAUAAUAAUAAUUUGAGUUGGGUGUAGCUGGAUAUUCGUAAUUAACAGUAUUUUCUUAUUUUAGAAUUGAAUAAUGUAAUUUAAACGGAAAAUAUUGUUUGUAACAUGUCCUUUUUUU